AUGAGGGGAUCCGUUAAUCAAGACUGGCAGUCGGCCUCCAUUCGAAUUACAUUAGGGGGUCUUUCGCUUUUGCCAGAUCUAGAGAGAUACUACGAGUCCUCCAUCCCAGAUGCCAUCGCCGUGGCCAUCUGGUUCACCGGUACUACCAAAAAGUCUCAUGCUUACAUUACUGUUAUUGCUGGUUUUAUUAUCUUGGAUCACGACAAUGGGUUUGAGUCAAUGAUUGCAAAACCUCCUUUUCUCGAUCUUGAUUCGCAUAGAAAGGGUAUUGCACUUUCUCAACGUCAUUACGCCUUACAAUUGCUUGAGGACUCAGGUUAUUCGGCUUGUAAACCCACUGUUGUUCCCAUGGAUCCCAAAAUCAGUUUGACUGCUACUGAAGGUGAAUUGCUUCCUGAUAUAACACACUAUCGAUGGCUUGUUGGGAAGCUUCUUUAUCUCACUUUGUCUUGCCUAGAUAUCACUUUUGCAGUUCACAAGCUCACUCAAUUCUUGGCCCAACCUCGCCUUCCUCAUCUCAAGGCGGUACAUCAUCUACUUCAUUAUCUCAAGAACAGUCCUGGUCAAGGGUUGCUGUUUUCAUCUAAUUCUUCCUUACAGCUUAAAGCAUUCUCUGAUGCUGAUUGGGGAUCAUGUCCUGAUUCUCGACGCUCCGUUACAGGUUUUUGCAUCUUUAUUAGAGACUUUUUAGUCUCUUGGAAGGCCAAAAAGCAGACCACCAUCUCUCGAUCCUCAGUUGAAGCUGAGUAUAGAGCUCUUUCCUCUACUGCCAGUGAGCUUAUAUGGUUGCAGCAACUUCUUCAAGAUUUUCAAGUCACAGCUGAUUCUCCUACUUUGCUAUAUUGUGACAAUCAAGCUGCGAUACAUAUUGCCUCUAAUCCAACCUUUUACGAAUGCGCUAAGCAUAUCGAGAUAGAUUGCUAUUUUGUUCAUGAAAGAGUUGCUUCGGGAGUUCUCAAAUUGCUGCCCAUUCGAUCUCAAUACCAAUUGGCUGACCUGUUUAGUAAACCCCUUCCCUCUACUCAGUUUUUUUCUUUGUUAUCCAAGAUGGUUACCAGCCACCUUGAGGGGGAGUAUUAG